GUUAACAGUAAUAUCUAUCAUCACACACUGUGCCAUUUCAUUAACAGCAAUCCGAUAUAUUUCCUUUGUUGUGAGUGUCUCUGUCAUGGCUGCAUCGGACAUUCCAAUGAGAAAGUCCUUUCGGCAUCAGAUGAUCAAGGCGUGAACCCUACAUACAUGCAACUGCGAACCACAGAAACUGGUAAGCACGUACUGUUAUACUUGUAGACUUUCCUUGGGAGAUCCGCAUUACCAGCCUUGGCCAUCUUCCGGACGAACGUCUCUCAUCUCAGAGGCACCCUCCCCUAAGUACCCUCGCCUGCUGGAUCUAGAUGUGUCACACUGAGUGGGUCUCGGAUCGGGCACUGCGUGUAAUGGGAAAAUCCCACUAUGACUUGAGCAGACAUGUAUAUGACAUGUAUGUUUGCCUGGCAGCGAAUUCUUAGUUAGAGAUACCAUUAGCGAAAUGGUUUAUCACCAACGAAAGUGUACCUGUCAAGACAUGUACCCUUAAUGUUUCGCCUGGCUCGCAUAGCCUAAACAUUGGUCAGGUGAACUACCGGAACGCGGGGAUCUACAUCAGAGAUUAAGUUCAUGUGGAGAUAGCAGGCUAACAGUAGUUGGAGAAGGUAACCCGGGUAUUGUGUGUUGGUGUUCUGAAAGAAAAGUCUGUUAGUAUUCGCAAUGGCUAAUUAAGCGACAGGCCUCCCGUCUCGCUUCUUUGAUGAAAGGACAUGCAGAAACAAUGUGGAUGAUGUGACCAUUAAUGAAAUCUGAAGAUCGAGUGUUAUACCUGACAGGCAGAUGAUUAUAACAAGAUUCGAUCAUGAAUGUAAUGAACCCCAUCCACCUCGUUGUCUUUAUUCUGGGAGUUGUUGUUGGUGAGGCCAUUGCUGAAAACACAAAUAAUGGAACAUAUGACACGAAUUAUGGAACGAAUAACACGAAUUAUGGAACAAUCUUAAUAGGUUUCAUUUCUGAGAGUGCUGAGGACGAGCAAGAUGGCGUAGAGCACAUUGAGGGUUAUUUUCAAUACUUGUACGAUGCAUCAGGCGACCUAACGCCUCGGCGGCUGAAUGUCACAACCUUCCGUAUGGAUGUCGUCGAGAAGAACAGGGGUUGGCUGAAACUGUCUCAGGAUUUCAAUAGCCUCAUCGGCAAAUCCCCAGCAAUGAUCAUCGGCUCGUACAGGAGAGUCAUUGACCAACUCCUUCCCCCAAACAUAACCUACAUCGUGACAGGGUCCAAAGCCUUCAAGAACAACAUCGACAUCAGGCGAUCCAAAUCUCACGAGAAUGUCUGCUGGUCCACCGAUGUUGGGAGUAACGUCAUCAGCUUGCUACCCCCGCUGAAUACAUUCCUGAAUCCUCUUCAGAUGUUCCUGAUGAAAACUACUGGGCUGGAUAACAUUGUGGUUGUCAUUGUACAGUCUGAAGACGACCUUCUCCAUUUCAACAGCGGAUUAUGGACUGGGUCUUCCUCGACAGAAUCACACUUUCUCCAGUUCGUCAGGGUCAUGAUUAGGAAGAACUCAGAUUAUUGGGGGAUAAUCGACAAACUUGUUGCGGUGCAGAAACUCGCCACGCCUCAUAUUGUCAUCCAUAGCUACGACUUGAAGUAUAUCAACAACAUCAUCGACGGGGCCAAAGACCUCAACAUGGUGACGUACCUAUACAGAUGGUAUCUAACAUAUCCGGACUUAGAAGGCAUCGGUGAUGAGCUAAGUACAUUCUUCCUGGGUCAUUACUCAAAUGUGACAGGUUUCCAGCUCGUAGACAGCGAAAUGUUGAACCAAGCCAUGCCCUUGAGAGGCAAUAGUCUCGACCAUGCCAUCAUCUACGACGCCAUGAAGAUACUGGUCGAUACACUACCACGACAGCAAAAAGCGGCACUUGAAAUUGAAGAUUUCUUCGACACGCUGAAGAGUGGUUUCAAUGGUAGCACGGGAUCCUACGGAGAAGUCAGCCUCAUCAACUUGCAAACGAAGGAGCGCCAGUUCUGCAGGAUAAGAUCUUCGUAUGAGUGGAUGGCAUUUGAAGGAGGAGAACUUACCCAGAUAGGAACCUAUCUUCAUGACAACGAUGCGGAUAAAAAACGUUCCCUGUCCUCCCUGUUCACAAGCAGAUGGUUGCGACCGAAGCGGUUUGAACUGAAGGAACCCAUCGUGAAGUACAAAGCAAAGCCGAAGGACCUGAUGCCGAUUUUCAACAACAUGCCAGUCAGUGUCGUCGCUGUAGAUGACCCUCCAAUGGCAAUCCUUAAUCCCGAUGGAACGUUCACUGGAGUAAUGGUGGACUAUCUUAAUGAAUAUGCCCAGAAGCUCAACUUCACCUACGAGAUCACCAAGCUUAUCCGCCAUGACGAAGACGGUGGAGGCCAGCGGUACAUCUACCCUCACAGCACCAUGUGGACUGGAGCCGUUGGGGACAUAUUGGUCCAGGAUGCCGUACUGGCAAUUGGCGCAAUAGGGACAACCAUUGAACGCGAGGUGGUGAUGGACUUCUCCGAGACAACCUUCCCAGGCGUCAUCAGCAUGAUGGCAAAGAAACCCAGCAUAGAAUACGACACUUGGCAAUUUCUCAGUCCCUUCUCCUGGAAAAUGUGGGUCGGAAUAGGCGUGGUUCUUAUCGUUGUCAGCAUCGUUGUGACAUUUUUGGACUUGCUGGACAAAACCACCCAUGAUUUCAAAAACUUCCCGGUCAGAGACAGUUUCUAUUACACAGCAUCAAUCCUGUUUUUCGGCUCAACAGAUCAGAGACCGAAUUCUGCUCCAAUGAGGUUGCUGAUUGGUUUCUUCGUGUUUUUCGCCAUUGUUGUGUCGCAGUCGUACGUUGCAAACAUGGCCGCCUUUCUCACAACGAGGCGCAGUGACGAGUCGUUACCAAGGAGUAUAGAUGCUCUGUCUCGUCAAAGUGCUGUGCCGUUUGGACUGAUGGCCCGGGGUGAGGCAAUGGCCAUGCUAGCCAGAGCAACAAAAGGUCCGUACUUGUAUCUGCGGAACAAAUUCGAAGUUGAGGGAAUUAGUCACCCCAAGGCCCCACCGGAAGGUGACACAAAAAACCCGGGCAAGUCCAAAGCUCGUCGAUUCUUUAGCUAUGACGAAGCCAUUGCCACUGUAAAGAACGGUAGCUUCAUCCUCAUCAGCGAAAGUCCUAUCACUCGAUAUUUCGUGCAUAAAGACUGUGAAUUAGUCGUUGUAGAUCAGGACACAGACUCCAUACGGUAUUCUAUUGGUAUGCCUAAGGGAGCCCUCUUUCGGCGUGAACUUGACAGAGCGAUAACGGAAGUUAGAGAGGAGGUGUCACGUGAUAUCGAUAUCAUGGAAAAAUGGUAUGCUGAACCGGACUGCGCUAAAGGAGGGGGCGACACCAUGCAAGCCAACAUGAAGACCAAACCUCUCAUUUGGGAAGAGAUGCAAGGACUUUUCAUCACGUUAGGUGUCGGUACAGGGCUUGCCUUGGUCUCGGCAGUCAUCGGACACUUCCUCACCCGAGUGAUCUAUCUCCAAAUGUCGAAACGCAAACCGCAGGUCGAUGGUGAUGUCCGUAGGGGAGAGGAUCAGAUAGCGCAAGAGCGGCCGACGGAGACUGCAAGAGGCCCUAACGGAGGGUUGGGCCGAGGGACGAAAGGUAUGUCCUCACCAGGGACAUCAGCCCGGGCGCGACCACUACAUUUGACGCCGAUGAUGCGGCCCCGAUCUGAUCGAGAAAAUUCGGACGAUGAACAAUAAGUCUGCGUGUUUCUAAACUUUGAUAUGUUUUAAACCAAGCAUAGAUUGACCCAUAUACUUGUCUCUGUAUCAGCUAUGGUUAUUUUACCUCGAUAUUGAAUGUAUAUAAUGUCAUAUUGUCCAUAAUUUAGCAAAUUUAC